AUGGCAAACAUUUUCUCCUAUGCUUCCAUUACACCACGCCUCACUGCUCAGCACCACUACCUUAAUUUCCAGCCAAACCAGCGUUACAGUAUCUGCAGAAUUCAUUGCAGUGGAGAAAACUCAACGAGUAAAUCGACUUCCAAUAAAGAAUCCCAACCUGAAAAUGCAAAUGUUGUGCUUAAGGUUGCUUGGUAUGCCUCUGAGUUUUUGGGCAUUGCCACUUCAUUUUUCAACCCACCAUCCAAAGUUGAAGCUCCUGAAACUGCUUUUGAGCUUGCAAGAGAUGGGUCUGGAGCCGUUGAUCGUGCCGGAGUAGUAAAAUCAAUCAAAGAUGACUUCGAAAGAUCUUACUUUGUCACAGGGAACCUUACGCUUGAUGCUUAUGAAGAAGAUUGUGAAUUUGCUGAUCCUGCAAGCUCAUUUAAAGGGCUUCAACGUUUCAAAAGGAACUGUACUAAUUUUGGUUCCCUUUUAACGAAGUCAAAUAUGAAGCUUAUGAAGUGGGAAGAUUUUGAGGAUAAAGGAAUUGGUCACUGGAGAUUCAGUUGUAUCUUGUCAUUCCCUUGGAGGCCAAUUCUAUCUGCAAGUGGAUACACCGAGUACUACUUUGAUAAACAGUCAGGGAAAGUGUCCAGGCAUGUAGAGCACUGGAAUGUUCCCAAGAUGGUUUUACUGAAGCAGAUUUUGAAGCCAAGCAGGCGAUUCUGGCUUAAGAAAACAGGUGGUUGAAGAAUUG